AUGAUGAGACUUUUUUUAAGGAGGGACCCCAGAGCCAAGGGCAGGCCGAGCAGACCGCCUUCUCCCGCUGCAGGCUUCCCCGGUGAUGGGCUCCGUGUAACAAGUCCCCUCAGUCUGUGCGGGGAGCUGCACCACGGUGAUGCUGCUGUCAUCGCUCGCCUCUCCUCCGGUGGUGCCCUCGGCUCCCUCCGCCGCCACACUGCACAGCACACUGGAGCUGGUGACUCAGCCACCGUCGUGUCGUGUCAGUAUAUGCUUCCGUUAGUACUGAUUAUAAGGAAUCAUUCUGUACAUUUUCAUUGUUAUGCGGAUGAUACUCAACUAUAUUUAUCAAUCAAGCCUGAUGAAAUGAAUCAUCUAAAUAAAAUUCAAGAUUGCCUCAAGGACUUAAAAAUGUGGAUGACCUUAUAUUUUUUUAUGUUAAACACGGCCAAAACUGAAUUUAUUGUACUCGGCCCAAAGACUCUACGAAACAAAUUAUCUAAAGAUAUACUAACUAUGGAUGGCAUUAAUUUGGCCUCCAGUGAGACUGUAAGGAAUCUUGGUGUUAUAUUUGAUCAGGAUUUAUCCUUUAACGCCCACAUAAAAUUAAUCUCAAGGACCGCCUACUUCCAUUUACGUAACAUUGCAAAAAUCAGGCAUAUCUUGCCUCAAAACGAUGCAGAGAAACUAGUCCAUGCAAUUGUUACUUCAAGGCUGGAUUAUUGUAACUCUUUAUUAUCAGGGUGUACCAAGAAGUCAGUUAAGUCGCUUCAGCUGAUUCAAAAUGCUGCAGCACGUGUACUAACUAGAGUUCGGAAAAGGGACCACAUUACUCCUGUUCUGGCUGCCUUACACUGGCUCCCUAAAGAACACAGGAUAGAAUUAAAAAUUCUUCUUCUCGCCUACAAAGCCCUUAAUGGGCAGGCGCCAUCUUACCUUAAAGAACUCAUUAUACCCUACUGUCCUACUAGGGCAUUGCGUUCCAAGAAUGCAGUUUUGGUUGUUCCUAGAGUCUCUAAAAGUACAAUGGGAGCCAGAGCCUUUUCUUAUCAAGCUCCACUUUUGUGGAAUCAGCUUCCAGUUUGUGUUCGGGCGGCAGACACCCUAUCUGUUUUUAAGAGUGCGCUUAAGACCUUCCUUUUUGAUAAAGAUUGA